AUGUCAUUCCAAGCCCCCGUUUCCAAGUGCACGACUACUAUUCCUGGCCUGGGUAGGCUGGAUGGUCUACAAUUUGCCAACGGCGUGCAGCAAUUCAGCGGUAUUCCUUACGCAGAUCUUCCCAAGAGAUGGACUCGGUCUAUUCUCAAAACUUCAUGGGAGGGCCAAUUCCAUGAUGGGACCAAACAAGGGAGCAAUUGCCCAAAUCCCAUCACUCCAGGUGACGACUCCGAUGAACUUGUCCCCGUCCCUCCAGCACCACAUUUCACCGAAUGGAACGUGGACGAACUUUCCGCCCUGGUCCUAAACAUCGUCAUCCCCCAAGCCUUCCAAUCAACCACCACCACCGACGACUUAAACAAGAAACCCCUCCCAGUCUUCGUUUAUAUCCACGGCGGCUCCCUCCUCUACGGCGGCGGCAACCUCCCGAUCUUCGACGCAGUAAACCUAGUCUCCCACAGCAUAACAACCAACCAACCAAUAAUCUGCAUAAACUUCAACUACCGCGUCGGACUAGGCGGAUUCCUCGGCGGCUCCGCAAUAGCCUCCUCCCUCGCAAAAGAAGGACACUCCGGCAGCGGAAACUUCGGCCUAACAGACCAACAAACCGCCUUCGCAUGGGUACAAAAGUACAUCCACCAUUUCGGCGGCGACGCGUCAAACGUCACAGCAGUGGGCGAAUCAGCCGGCGGGAUAUCAAUCAGCAACCAUCUUCUCGCCGCGAGACCAGCCACCUUCCAUCGAGCAGUAUGUAUGUCAGGCUUGGCGGUUUCGAUUCCUGCAUGGACGAUUGCGCAGCAUGAUCGGUUGUUCGAGGCUGUUUGUGCGCAUUUCGAUAUCGAUUCGCGGGGCGAGGGUGUCGUGGAUAAACUGCGCGCUAUUCCGCAGCAGGAUCUUGCUGAUGCAACGCCUCUUAUUCAGGGUGUGCCGUCCGGUACGGGGAAUCCUUGUAUAGACGGAUGGUUCUAUCCCGAGGGUCUUGAUCAUGGCGUUGUUCAUGCGCCGCCGGGGUGGUUGCAGAGCUUGAUGAUCGGGGAUACGUACCAUGAGGGAGUUAUCUUCCAUCUCAAUCUUGUCGAGGGCGGGGAGGAUUUCGCGUCUGUUCGGCGGAUCCUUCAGUCUCAUAUUCAAGAUGAGAGUGUGACGGAUCUUUUUCUCCGAGAAUAUGAAAUCGCCGAUGAUCUUUCGCGGGCUGAGUUUUUGGUCAAUGUCGAGCAUAUGUGUGGUGAUGCGAUUUUCAAGAUUCCGAACUAUGUUCUCGCGCAAAUUUGCGGGGGAGGGAAGUCUGGGAUUGAGGGGAGGUUUUACUCUUAUCAUUUUGAUCAGAGGUCUCGUAUUCGCAAUUCGUUUGAGGGGACGGCGUAUCAUGCUCAUGAGCUGUUGUACCUUUUUGGAAAUCUGGAGAACGAGAUGAAUUAUUCUGAGCGUGAGAUGGUUAAGGAAUUCAUGUCGGCCUGGAUACGGUUUGCAAAUGGGCUUGCGCCGUGGCAUCCAAAGGGGGAAGAAAGGUGGAUGGUUUGGGGUCCAGACAGUGAAUCCGAGUUAAAGAAUGAGGCCAAGGACGAAGAUGUACGUGGGUAUGAGAGAAUCAAGAGGAUCUUGGGGCUUGGGGAUGGGACGGUGUGGAAGAAGUGGCUCGCUGGGGUCGACUCGCUUGUGGUAAGACGCUGGAAACUAGAAAUGUAG